GUUCCGCGAUUCAUCGGUAUACAGUAUAUGCUAGAAAGGGCUGUUACAAAUGCACCCGUGAGUGAUAAAAUUGUGAAAUGUAAACGCAAUGCUUUUAAGAAUAUUGCUCAGAUUUACAUAAUAAUGCAGUUUUUUUCGACAUGCUAUGAUUCCUCCUGUGUUUUUUUGGCUCAGAAAACAACUACUUUGCAGCACAGUCUGCAUAAUGUUGUUUCGAUUUGUAAGAAUUAUAAGUAUCAAUAGCAAUUAUUAAAAGCUUUUUAAUAAAUAGACUGCCACAUGGGGCAGAAUAAAUUCUUGCUGCUGAUGUCAAGAUGAUUUGCAUAUUGACUUCCGCCUCACAAUCUUCGUUCUGCAUCAGACAGCCUACAGCAAAGACUCGAGAGGGGCAGAUGGGACACCUGAAGACGUGAAAUUAUAACAAACUUUCUGUCUCAAAAGUGGUUGGAGGUUUUGGACGUCUGCGUUUAGACACGGACUUAUGUUUAUCGAAGGUUUGAUUCAGGAUUAGUGAAGCAAUUGCGUUUUCCUGGUCUGUUUGCAGAGGAUCCGGUAUAAUCAUUUAACUGAGGAGGCGGAUCUGUAUCCUACUCUGUGUUCAAUAUGCUAAAAACACCACGGAGCUUUGCAUACUGUUUGUGGAAAUACCAAGACUAUUUUGUCUUAAUAAAGUCAUAAGGAUAAGGAAUCUACACUGUCAGCUCGCUGGAUCUAUCAACGUUUUGACAGCAAGGAUCCGUUUUUAUUUAUUUUUAGACUUCUAUUCCACAUUUUUGUACUUUUAAGUUAAGAACCACCGCUCAAGUUUGUCUGAUAGUCCUCGAUCGUUUCAUAGUAUCACUGACGAUAGUAAUUGAAGAAAACCAUUUCACGUUUUUGAAGUACGCCACUGGAAUAAUAUAACCUCUUUUGUUCAUUUGUGUUUUCAAAGUCUUAUUUUUCUUUGCCGUUCCGAUCACAAAACAUAUUUUUUAUUUGAUAUUAAAAAGAUGUUUACAUUUAACACUCUUAACUUUUCAUAUAGGGUGUUUGUUUUCUUAUCAGCAUGAUCUGGUAUUUUUUGUCAGCUAUACUGCGACCAUUUGAAACCAAUACAUUUUAUGUAACGCAUCUGGUGUGAAUUACCUUCCAUCUAGCUAUUUGAUUCAUACUAAUUCUACUGAAGCAGCAUUCGGUGAGCAUAUACGGUUUCUUGACCCUGCGGAUUCACCGCUGAUACAUUGCGUAGUAACAAAUUUUCCCUCCCCAGAGGAACGGAUUUUCAAGCUAUUUCUUCACAAUGAGUUACUUCUCUCAGACUAAAGCUCUACUGUUACGUGGGCUCAUCAUUUCUGCAGUAUUUGGAUCAGCUGUUUACUGUAAUGAUCAGACCAAACGAGUUUCAUUUGACGGCGCGGCUGCUGUUACAGAUCCGUGCCUUACCGUGACACCACCGUGUAUGAGUGAAGAAGACAGAUUAAGUUUGGAAGCACUGCGGCAUAUUCAUAAAGAGCUUGAUGAUGACAAAGAUGGGGGCAUCGAAGUAAAUGAAAGCGUUGAGUUCAUAAUUGAAGAUAUGAAGCAGCAGCAAACUAACAAACACAGUAAUCUGCACAGAGAAGAUCAGCAUAUCACAAUUGAAGAGCUGUGGAAAUGCUGGAAAUCAUCAGAAGUGCACAACUGGACAUUGGCAGAAACAAGGCAGUGGCUGAUUGACUUUGUUGAAUUGCCCCAGUAUGAAAAAUAUUUUAAGGAGUAUAAAGUAAAUGGUAAAACCCUACCCCGAAUUGCAGCUAAUGAACCUUCACUUAUGACAUCUCAGCUAAAAAUUUUGGAUCAACGGCACAGGCAGAAACUAAUUCUGAAGGCCCUAGAUGCUGUGUUGUUUGGACCUCCCAUACGCCCACCACAUAACUGGAUGAAAGAUUUUAUCCUGAUGAUUUCGAUUAUCAUUGGUGUUGGCGGGUGCUGGUUUGCUUAUGUUCAGAACAAAACCUCUAAAGAGCACAUUGCAAAGAUGAUGAAAGAUUUAGAGAGCCUGCAAAGUGCAGAGCAGAGCUUGCAAGAACUUCAGGAACGGCUUGAAAAAGCUCAGGAGGAAAACCGAAACGUUGCGGUGGAAAAGAUGAAUUUAGAGCAGAAAAUGAAAAAUGAGAUUAAUGAUGCCAAAAAGGAGGCACAUCGCCUGCGAGAGCUGAGGGAGGGCGCCGAGUGUGAGCUGAGUCGGCUCAAGUAUGCAGAAGAGGAGCUGGUCCAGGUACGCAUGGCAUUAAAAAAAGCAGAGAAAGAGUAUGAAAUGCAAGGAGAUUGGUCAGUCCCUGAGUCACUGCAGAAAUGGCUGCAGUUAACACAUGAGGUGGAAGUGCAGUACUACAAUAUCAAGAAACAGAAUGCCGAGCUGCAGCUAUCAGUUGCCAAGGAUGAGGCAGAAAAAAUUAAAAAGAAGAGAAGUUCAGUCUUUGGGACACUGCAUGUAGCCCACAGUUCUUCCCUGGAUGAGGUGGAUCACAAGAUCCUAGAAGCAAAAAAAGCUCUCUCCGAGGUGACAGCCUGUCUGAGGGAGCGCCUUCACCGCUGGCAACAGAUUGAGAAGCUGUGUGGCUUUCCUGUGGUUCACAAUUCAGGGUUGCCCAAUCUGACAGCAACACUCUACUCCGAUCACAGCUGGGUGGUCAUGCCCAGGGUCUCUGUGCCACCUUAUCCUAUUGCUGGUGGGGUGGAUGACCUAGAUGAAGACACCCCUCCAAUCAUUCCACAGUUUCCAACACCACUAUUAAAGGCUGGAUCUUUAGCUAGAAGUAGUAGCCUGUGUCGCUCUCGGCGGAGUGUGAUGAGUUCAGCUCCACAGCCCAUCCUGCUCUCCGCAGACCCUGACCUUCUGUCUAUGGCCAGCAGCCCUCUAACACAGCAUAUAGAAGAAGAGGAGGACCCCAUCUACUUCAGCGCGGAGAAAAAAAUCGAUCUUCAGGACACAUGCUCAGACUGUGAUUCUUUAAACUCCUCCCUGGGAAGAAAGCAGUUUGCUAAUUCAGAAGUGCCAGAAACUCCCUCAAGGAAAAUCUCCAGGGAUGAAUUAUUCGAUCAGGAACUGUGUGCAGCAGAUUCAUCAACAUCCUCUGAUCAGCAGAAAGGUUCUCCUGACUUGAUGGCUGUUACAGAAUCGCAAAGCAUGGUCUUUAGUCCUGUCAGCAAGAUGGUUUACAAUGGUAUCUUAGAAAAGUCCUAUAGUAUGGGCCAGUUGCCCAGUUCAGUGCCAGUCUUAGAAAACCGUUAUCCUUCUCUUACUUCACUAGAUAUUGAGGGCAGAGGAGCAAAGGAACAGAAGAUGCACAGCAUGGCCCAAGACUCCUGUGAGAAUGGCGACAAGGUGAAGAAGCCUUCCAAGUUAAAAAGUUUAUUUAAGAAGAAAAAAUAAAGGAAAGGAAGUAUUAAGAGGAUUGUCAUCGAGCCAAAACAUGAUUAAGACUUUUUUAAAGGAUUGUAACUAUCUGAAUUCCCCAGAAAGGAAGCCUUUUGGAAUGCCUCUUUAUUGAGUCGUAGCCUCAUAGUAACAAACAGAGGUUAAAGGUUAUCCAACACCUAGAAAUCAAUGAAGAGUGUGGACUGUUUACUGUCAAUUUUGCUUAUUUAUUGUUUUUUUCUAGGUACCAGUAGAUACAAAAGCCACUUUUUAGAAUUCUGGUCUUUAAGCUUUAACAGAGUUCUUGUUUACUGAAGCUAAAAAGCUGACAUAUUGGACUAACGAACCUGCAAGAAUUAUCCUGCUAAUGUUUGUUGCACUACCACUUUCCAAUCAGGGAAAGUGCCUCUGCUUGCGGGAUUAACAAUAAGAUUUCUAGAAGUACAGAGGAAAAUAUAAAGUUUUUACAUAUAACGUUCUAUUAGAGGUUUUUAAAUAGAAAUAGAAUUUCUAUUGGUUGGGUUUCAUGAGGAGAGACUGGUUUUUAUCAAAAUAGAAAUUAUAGUUUAUCCCUUUUAUGUGCUUUAGACAAUAAGGGCUCUGGAAUAAAAUAAUUUUAAUUUCCAGGGCUGGGUUCUCACUGUGAUUUAACUUCUUCUACAACUGUCCCAUCCCAAGUGAAUAGCUGACAAAAGAAUACUGUUUUACUGCUUUGAUUCUACAGGUGGUGGAAUUGCAGCCUGACAGGUGUUUUUUUUAAGUCAUCAUUGACUUGCUAAGCAAAAAAAAGAAUUGUUUAAGAAGUUUAAGGUUUUUCAAACAUUUGGUGUGUGAAUCUUUGUACUGUAGAAUAAAUGACUAAAUUGAAGACAA